AUACUUGAUUUCCUUGAUUUAUAACUUUAAAAAUCGUAUUUUUUUAGUUUUUUCGAAGAGAAAAAAGUGAGGUUAGAAAACCACGUGUCUAACGCGCACUUGACAAAAACGAUAAAAAACGCAGUUAAUUAUCAACAGCGAAAACUUAUUAAAGACAUUUAUUAAGAAUUCUAUUACCAGAGAAUAUUAUUUAUUGUAUUUUUUAAUCAAAAUUGAAAAACAUAUUCUUUUUUAUUGCAGAAAAUUGAUAAUUACGAGAUUUUUUUCUAGACACUUUUUAGAAAUGAAAAGAUUACCAACCUUGGGAAGUUAAAAAUCCGAAGUAGCGUAAAGAUGAAACGGCGUAAGGAGGAAGAAUGUGCCAAUCCGCUCUUUUUACAAUGGCUUUUGGAAUGGAAAGAGGAGGCAGCGAAACAAAAGAAAGAACCACUUAAACAGUGUUUAGGAAAAGCUGCCAAGUCUCUCAAGGAGCAUAAAGAAGUACUUUAUACUGGAGAAGACUGUCGGAAAUUAAAAUACUUCGGUUCGGGCGUUUGUGCCAUGAUAACUAAGAGGUUGGAUCAGCAUAUGGAGGGAAAUGGAACUCCUAGGAAAAUGAAGUCACCAAGGACUUACGUACCCAAACCAGGAACAGGUGGUGAAGCUUUACUCACAACUUUGUAUUUACAGUCAAAACUUCCAGGUUAUAAAGGUUACAUGACAAAGGCAGAAUUGCAACAAGAGGCACAGCCCAUAUGCGACACGUCAUUAUCAAAAGCUCAAGCUGGUACAUUUUAUACUGCUUGGAAUUCAAUGACAAAGCUUGUAAAAGAAGAACUCGUUGUAUCCUGGAGCAAACCUUCCAGGUUCCGUAUCAGUGCUAAAGGAGAAAAACUUGUCGAAGCCAUGCAAAAUUCAAAGAAAAAUAAUGGAAAUGUCAACAAUACGAGUUUCACAACUAGAGCUGAUGUCACCCUUCUCGAUAGUUCAGACGAAGAUGAAGCGGUUCAAGUUCGACCGAAACCUCAUUCAUUGUCAAAUUUUGCACUUGCUAAUAUUGACGAUAAUUUUCGAAGCAUUCCGUCUACUUCAAAAGCACAAACGGAAAGACAGGAAAGACUCUAUAAUUUUGACAAUGACAAUUAUUAUGAUCAGAUAAAAAAUAUUCCGUCAACGUCAACAAAACAAUCAAAAAGUCAGGAAAGACUCUAUAAUUUUGACAAUGACAAUUAUUAUGACCAGAUAAAAAAUAUCCCGUCAACGUCCACGAAACAACCAGAAUUUCAACAAAGAUUUCCCUCUAAUUUUACUGAAGAAAAUUUUUUAUCUAAUGUGGAAAAUAUUCCGCCAACUUUGAAAAGUAGAGAAAAUUUUCAAAAAUUCGUUUUUGAACCUUAUACGUUCGAUAUUUUGUUAUUGGUCGACGUUCAAGAAACUAGCGGAAAAGCAAAACAAAAGGUUGAUGAGACUUGUAAAGAAUUAAGAGCCUUGGAGGUAAAUUUCGAAGUACGACACUUGAAACUUGGAGAUUUCUUGUGGAUAGCCAGGUGUCGAAAUACAAAACAAGAAGUUGUACUUCCGCAUAUUGUUGAGAGAAAGAGAAUUGAUGAUUUGGCACAAAGUAUAAAAGAUGAAAGAUAUCGUGAACAAAAGUGGAGAAUGAAGAACUCAGGAAUUAAAAAUCGUAUUUACUUGAUAGAAACUUAUGCUAACAAUGAACAUACUGUUUUGGAUAAAAAGGCUCUUUUUCAAGCCUCAGUUAGCACCAUGAUUCGUGAUGGUUUCAUUGUUCAAUACACUGACAGUCAUCAAGACUCAAUGUCCUAUUUGUCAAUAUUAACAAAAAGUUUGAGAAAUAAGUAUUCGGGCAAGCAAUUAAUUUGUGUCGAGAAGGAAGACUUAGAUUUUAUCGAUGUUACUAAAAAAUCUGAACGAGUGAUGGAAUUUCAGAAAUUUAAUAAGGACAACGCAAAAUCAAAGCACAUAAAAGUGAAAGACAUGUUUAAACGUCAACUCGCACAAAUAAAAGGAGUUUCUCAAGAGAAAGCUACAGCUAUUGUGGAAGUAUUUCCAACACCAAAAUUACUUUACACUGCGAUGAUUGAUUCGGACAUUAAUGGACAGGAAUUACUCAGUCCAUUACAAUAUGGAAACACAAAUCGCCAACUCGGACCCGUAGCUAGCAAAAUUAUUUACCAGCUAUAUACAAAGCGAGUUUUAGAGUAAGAUGUGAUUUAAAAUACAUUUACGAAAAAUUAUUUUAUUAAUUUAGCUCCAAAUCAUUUCUGGCUGUGAGAUGACUAAAAUACUAAAAAAAGUUUCUUUUUUUAAAAAAAAAAGUUCGUAUACAAGUAAAAAAAACUUGUAUCUAUAGUUUAUGAUUAAAAAUAUAAGUAAACCGUUAUUUUUAAUA